CAGACGUUUUUCACUCUCGAAAGCGAACGGACGUGUCGGUCUGCGGCGGUUUGUUUUCGAUUCUUCGGCGACUUUGACUUUGUUUGCCUUUGCCAGUGUCUUUGCGCCUGGCUUUGCGUUUGCGCCGUUGCCACACAAUUGCCUUUUGUUGACGUGCGCGUGUGUCUUGGCCAGUGCGUUUGCCUUGCUGGGCCCAAAUCACUUGUUGCUUGGCCAAAAACGAAAGAUAUAAAAACAUCAAUAGUGCCAACCUGCUUGCUGGCGGAGAAAAACAAAUAGCGACCGAGCUGGGUUUGUUUGUGUUUUGGUUAUUUCUUGAGGUUUUCGAGUUUUUUGAGUUUUUGUUCAAGUGAAAGCGUGUGAAAAGUGGCCAGCUCCCGGGGCCAAAGCCCUCUCGCACUCUCCUCCGGGCUCUCGCUCUCUCUCUCUCUCUCUCUUCUGGCAAGGGAGUGAUAGCCUCGACAAACUCAAGAGCCCGCCAUAUCCAUAUCCUGCCUUGCGGCCAGCCAAAGCUUCCGGUCAACAUGCAACCGCAACUGUUGCAGCGCCCCAGCCUCCGUCCUUCAGCGUCAUUGGCCCCAUCACCAGCGUUUUAGCCACAGGUGCUGUGAGAACAGCUACGAUUUUGGAUGUCAGCCAGAAGUGGACGCAGAAUGACCACUCCGGGCACCCUGUAUCGGCUGGCCAGUGGCGCAGCUGCCACCCCUGCCACGCCCACAGCCGGCCUAUACGCCCAGCCGCCCAAGCCCUAUGCCGUGGGUUCGAUCCAGAGCGGAUCGGAGAGGAAUCGCAUCUUGGAACUGCUGAGGGCGCCGAAUAGCCUGACCUCGCCCACCCUGGAACCCUCCUCCAAGGGACUGCUCAACGGACCCGGGCAGAACAACUGCUUCCUCAACUGCGCCGUACAGGUCUUGUGGCACUUGGACGCCUUUCGACGCUCGUUUCGCGGCCUAAAUCAGCACGUUUGCGGCGGCCAAGACUGCAUCUUCUGCGCUCUAAAGGAACUCUUCCAGCAGCUGCAGACCAGCUCGGAGCCUGCCUUGUGCCCGGAGCCACUGCGUCGGGCCUUGGCCAGUGGUCCCCUGGCGGGACGGAGAUUCCCCCUCGGAUGCCUGGGGGAUGCCGCCGAGUGCUUCGAACUGCUGCUGCACCGCGUCCACUCGCACAUUUCGCCGGACGACGGCGACUCCUGCGAGUCCUCCGCCUGCAUCGCCCACCGGAGGUUCGCCAUGCGCGUCAUCGAGCAGAGCGUCUGCAAGUGCGGAGCCAACUCCGAGCAGCUGCCCUUCACCCAGAUGGUGCACUACGUCUCGGCCUCGGCUUUGACCUCCCAGAAGAGUCUGGCCCUGCAGUCCCACCAGCAGCUGAGCUUCGGCCAGCUCCUGAGGGCCGCCGGCAACAUGGGCGACAUACGCGAUUGUCCGAACACCUGCGGCGCCAAGAUUGGCAUAUGCCGAGCCCUGCUCAACCGACCGGAUGUGGUGUCCAUCGGCAUCGUUUGGGACUCGGAGCGACCGGCGGCUGACCAGGUGCACGCCGUUCUGAAGGCCGUGGGCACCAGCCUGCGCCUGGGCGACGUCUUCCACCAGGUCAGCGAGCAGCGCUGGGCCCAGCAGACCCAGCACGAGCUGGUGGGGAUCGUCUCCUACUACGGCAAGCACUACACCACCUUCUUCUUCCACACCAAGCUCAAGGUGUGGGUGUACUUCGACGAUGCCAACGUGAAGGAGGUGGGUCCCAGCUGGGAGGGCGUGGUGGACAAGUGCAGUCGCGGAAGGUAUCAGCCGCUGCUGCUGCUCUACGCCGUACCCCAGCAGCCGGUGGCGGUGAAUGGUGGCCUGAACGGCAAUGGAGGUCUGGCGAACCACCUGGACGUGGCCAUGCCGGCGAGUGCUCCAACUGGUGGCGCCUCCGUGGUGCGCCGCGCCGUGACGCCCAGUCCCGAGAAGCCCAGUCUGGGCAGCACCAGGAGGGCCAUCACGCCCACGCCCCUGAGGACGCCCACCAAUGAUUACCAGAACCUGAGCGUGAUCCAGAAGAGCAUCUUCCCGGGCUACCUGAUGGCCACCGAUGAAACGGACGCCUACAUCAGUCGCAAAACAGUGGAGCAUGUGCUGAGUGCCCAGUACCAGAAUUUGAGUGUAAUCCAGGACAAAAUAGGAGGAGCAGCAGGAGCAGGAGCAGCAACUCCACCACCGAGUGCGGACAAGGAUGGGGGCUUCCUCAGCAGGAAGCCCAUUGAGGCGGUGCUGAGUGCCCAGCUGGCCAGGCGGCAGCACCUGCAGCUGCAGCGCAGCCACAGCGCGGAAUCCAGUUCCGGACACGCCUCCUCCAAUGGCAGCUCCCCGCCCAGCGAUGGACUCACCAUGCCGGAGCACCUGAACCAGCCGCGUCGGCGGGAUUCGGGCAACUGGUCGGGGGAUCGGAACAGCGCCAGCUCGGCCAGUUCCACCACGCUGGACAAUCCCUAUUUGUACAUGGUGGCCAAGAGGGGCGUGGCAGCGGUGCCCCAGAGUCCCACGCGUCAUGGCCUGCCCUAUGACCCGGGCUACGACUCCUUCUCGCUGAGCUCCACGGACUCGUAUCCGCCGAAGCAUGCCCUGAAUCCCCAGCUGGCCAAGAUACCCGAGGCGGCCAUGGGCACCAUGGUGCCGAAUGGUGGUGUUGGUCACAUCCACGGACAGUUGGCCCUUUCCGGGGACUGCGAGAAGCUGUGCCACGAGGCGGACCAGCUGCUGGAGAAGUCGCGUCUGGUGGAGGAGUCGCAUGAUCUGGAGACGGCCCUGGUGCUCUGCAAUGCGGCAGCUGGACGGGCACGGGCCGCCAUGGAUGCCCCGUACAGCAAUCCGCACACCAUGACCUUCGCGCGGAUGAAGCACAACACGUGCGUGAUGCGGGCCAGGAGCCUGCACCGCCGCAUUCUCGUCGAGAAGGGGGCGGAAACGGAGGGCAUGCCCGAGCUGAAGCACAUGCGCGAGGGCAGCACCAGCAGCGUGAAGCACGUGCGCCAGAACAGCAAGGAUCGCACGCUGGAGAAGGAGCAGCAGCUGCAGUUCCAGCAGCUGCAGCAGAUCCAGCAGAUACAGCACAUCCAGCAGCAGAUCCCGGCCAGCAUCGAGAUCUAUGCCACGCUGCCCAAGCGAAAGAGCCCGCUGAAGGCGCUGGCCUCCGCCUCCGCCUCCGCCGUCGCCGCCGCGGCCUGCGAUGACAAUGCCAUCGAGUACGAGCAGGAGAAGCAGGUGGCCGCCAGUCCGGGGAAGCCGGAGCGGGAGGGCCGCUCCCUGUUCGGGCGCAAGGACAAGGACAAGGAGAAGGAGAAGCGCAGUCGCAGCGAGGAUCGCAACAAGCUGACCCGCGAGUUCUCGCUCACCGAGACGCUGCUGGUCAAUGCCAAGGACACUCUGAAGAAGCACAAGGAGGACAAGGACGAGAAGAAGGAGAAGGACAAGAGCGGCAAGAAGCAGCACAAGAUCCGGCGGAAGCUGCUCAUGGGCGGGCUUAUCCGCCGCAAGAACCGCUCCAUGCCCGAUCUCACCGAGGCGGUGGACGAUGUGGCGGCCAACGCCGGCAUGAUGACCCAUCAUCCCCACUAUCCCGUCCAGGGUGGCGGGGGGACGACCACGGCGGCCGGCACCCUGCUGGGCAGCUCCGUGGACGACAGCGGCGUGGGCCUGGGCAAGCACGGCCACGGCAUGAGUGGCUACAUCUCCGAGGGACACUUCGAUUACCCGGGCUCCGGCUCGGGCUCCCACUCGGGUGCGGGCAGCAACCCCAACCCGAAUCUGGAGCGCAGCAAGCUGAUGCGCAAGAGCUUCCACGGCAGCGGCAGGCAGCUGACCAUGGUGCCCAAGGUGGCGCCACCGCCGCCCAUGAGGACCAGCUCCAGCCUGACCCCCCAGCAGCAGCAGCAACAGCAGCAGCAGUUCCACCACGAGGCCAACCUGUCCAACCUGUCGGCCAUGAGCUCGAACACCUCGAUCAGCGAGGACUCCUGCCAGACGAUCAUCACCACCUGUGCCCAGGUCCACUCGGAGCAGAGUCCGCUGAAGGAUCUGCAGAUGCUGGCCGGCCAGGAUGAGCUGCCCCUGCCGCCGCCCAUGGAACUGCCCCCCUAUCCCAGUCCGCCGCACUCCGCCUGCCAUUCGCGGCAGGCUAGCGAGGAUUUCCCGCCACCACCGCCGCCGGAACUGGAUCUGGAGCCGCUGAACCAGCAGCUGAGCCAACUGCAGGCCCUGGAGGCGGCCAGCAAGCAUCAGCGCCAGCAGCUGGACUCCCUGGAGGGCACCACCAGCAUUCUGGCCCAGCUGCAACAGCGCCAGCAUCUGCUCAAGAUGAGGAAGGAGCAGGCUGGACAGCCGGGCUCCACGGCAGAUGCCACCUGGCUGAAGGAGCUGCAGGCCAAGCAGGCCAACGAUCUGAGGGCCAUGCAGCGCAAGCUGGAGGCCUCGUCGCCGUCCAGUGUCCGGGACCUGGCCCACCGCUUCGAGCAGACCUCCAUCCGCUCCUAUGCCUCGCAGGAGCUGCUCUCCCAGCCCGGCCCAGGCCAGCCCACUGGGCAGCUGCGCACCCAGAUGAACGGUCUGCCCAGUGCCAAGUUGGAUGUGGAUGAGGUGGACUCGAUGCCGGCUCCGGCGAGGAGCAGCCUGCCCGCCGCCCACCAACUGCUGCCCAAGCCCAAGUACGAGAUGAGCCAAUCCCAGAUAGCCGAGGAGAUACGCGAGGUGGAGCUGCUGAACACCAUGGUGCAGCAGACGCUGAACCAGAACGGCGGCGCCAUUGCGCCGCCCAAGCGGGUGAAGAAGAAGAGUGUGUCCUUCUGCGACCAGGUGAUCCUGGUGGCCACCGCUGGCAACGAGGAGGACGACGACUUCAUACCCAAUCCCAUACUGGAGCGGGUGCUGCGGACGGCCCAGCAUCCCAACGAGAAGGUGACGGCCCAGAUGAUCCAGCAGCAGCAGCAGAACAUGCUGAGGUUGCAGACAGAGGCGCAGCCGCGACAGCAGAUGCAACAACAGCAGCAGCAGCAGCAGCAGCAGCAGCAGCAGCAGCAGCAACAGUUGCAGCAGCAAUUGCAGCAGCAGCAGCAGCAACCAUCGCCCAUGCUGGGCAGACCAGCAGCAGCCGCAGCAGACAUGCAGCGAUAUGUGCAGAGGAUGCAACAGCAGCAGCAGCAGCAACAACAGCAGCAGCAGCAACAUCAGGAGCUGCUACGCCAGCAGCAGCAACAUCGCACCAGCAUGAGCGGCAUAGCCAGCCAGCAGCACUUGCAGCAAAUGGACGCGCAGUACACCACCAUGCCGCGUCCCCUGCAUCAUCCGCAGCUGGGCAGCUACUCGGUGCACCUGCAGAAGCACCAGCAGCUGCAGCAGCAACAGCAACAGAUGCAGCAGCAGCAACAGCAGCAGCAGCAGCAGCAGGCUACCCAGCAACUUAGCCUGGGCUACUUCAGCAAUGGCAAUGUGGCGGCCACCGAGCAAGUGCCUCUGCCCUCGCCCUACCAGCGAGUGCCCCUGCCACAUGGCUACCAGCCAGCGGCGCCAGCAACAGCAGCAGGACCCUACUACCCCCUGCCCAAUGCCCAGCAGCUGCAGCAAUUGCAGCAACAGCAGCAGCAGCAGUUGAUGGCUAAGCCCGUCCAGAAGAAAGUGAGCUUCGAGCCGGGCACCAAGGGCGAGGCCGACUGCCUGCCGCCACCACCACCGCCGCCGCAGAAGAACGGCCUGCCCGAGGCGGGAUCGGGAUCAGGAGCACCGGGUGCCGGAGCCGGAGCCCCAGGAGCCCCAGGAGCCGGAGCGCCGGCGGCGGCGGGGGCCAACUCCUCGGCCGCCAUCACCGCCAUACCCACCCGCGUCUACAACAAUGCCAUCGUGAAGGCCUCGGCCAAGGCCGUCGAGUGCAACCUGUGCCGCAAGCGGCACGUGAUCGCGCCGGCGGUGUACUGCACCAACUGCGAGUACUACCUGCAGAUGCUGAACCAGCGCAGAUGAUGAUGAU